AUGGAAGAAAAAAAUAAAAGACGGUUCAAACCGGUGCUCAAAACAUCAACUGCUGGUGCGGUCGACGCGUCACCAUUGUCUUCCACUGAACUUUCUACUCCCGCGACGCAACCCACACCUUUAAAACCGUCUGUACCAAAAACAGUUAACGCGUCAACACAAAAAGGUCAAAAAAAUCAAAAAGUUUCAGACGGUCCGGUGAAAAAGAUAACUCCACGUAAAAAGCGAGCACCUCCUGAAACCGCUAGUUCGGUGGAUAAUUCUACGGAUACUAAACCGGCAGUUUCCCCAAAGACUGUACCAAAUACUGAAGGGACAGUGAGCCAAGCCGUUACACAACCAGCGAGUUCGGUACCCUCGCCUUUGGCGGUGAGUGGUCAGUCGCAAGCUUCUGUUGCACAGGUGUCAACUACGGUUCCGACUAAAACGCCGAAAAAAAGAAAAAGCAAAACUGCUAUUGGUCUUAAUACGAGUAAUACUGGAAAUAAUGAAAUAGAAAGUAAGCCCAAGAAGGCAAAAAAGCAUAAAGACCCAAAAGAUCCCAAUGCUCCAAAGAAACCUGCAAAUGCAUAUUUAUUGUUUUCAAAUAUCAAAAGAAAGGAAAUCAAAGAUAAAAAUCCGAAUGUGGAUGCAAAGGGGAUAAUCACAUUGAUCGGAGAGGCGUGGAGAAAAUUGUCCGAGGAGGAGAAAAAGCCAUAUAAAGAGAUGGUCGAAGAUGCAAAGAAAAAAUAUGAAGAGGACAUGAAGGCCUAUAAUGCUUCUAUGAGUAAUGCAGCUAUAUUCGAUAAGGAUCAGAUAAGCACCUCCACCUCUCCGGAUCAGGGAAAAGAUAAUUCCAAUGGAUAUACGUCAAUAACGCCUUUUUCGAGUGAACCUCCCUUGGUCCAUGAAAACGAAGUGAGCACGUCCUCGGUUCAUGAUGCUCCGAUACAAAAUAUAUCCAAGUCCGAAAUUGAGCUGCGUGGUCAACAGGGUGAACUCUCGCAAGUAUCCUCACAACAAGUAUUAUCCUCUAUUGGCGAUGUUUCUCUGGUUGCGUAUACAACAUAUAGACAACAAGAACAAGACGCCAUGGAAGCUUUAUUGGACAUGCCGGAUACUGGUAAUGAAUUCGAUUUUCGAUACCACAAUAUGGAUAUUUUUGAUAAUUAUUUUAUUCAAUAUCUCAAUCAAAACCACCAAAUUACGACUUCAACACCAUCAUUUGUAAUAAAUAUUCGCGGGGAUCCAGAUAGUGUAAAUGUUUCUCAACACUUUUCAAUCACACAAGAGGAACAACUGUCACAUCAGACGCCUGACCAUGAGCUACUGCUUUGUCAACCUUACGAACCUCCAGCUGAACAACAUGGAUCAGGUCAAGGUUCCGAAUCUGUCGGUGAUCAAACUGCCCGUCUUUAUUUGUUCCCUCCAGAAGGGCAAACGCAAAAUUCGAUCGGAUUCAACCAAGAUGCAGUGACCAUGACAGAUUCUGAUUAUAAUCAAAAUUCCCUUAAUUUGUCGAUAGAACAAAAUCAAAAUCAAAUUUCUAAAGAAAUAUUAGUUUCGCAGUCUUUUGAACCUCCCGAUGGAUGUGACUCCAGAGAGAAUUCUAAAUCCGUCAGCGAUAAUCAAAACGCAAACAGCUCACCCAUCAUUAUUCAUAAUCAAGAACAUAGUUCGGUUAAUUUACUCUUAUGUCAACCCUUUGAUCCACCAAAUAAUACUGAAGCGGAAAUUUCCAAUACUUGGUAUCAAGACGGCAAUCAAUACCAAGAUUUGCCAUCUCAACAUUCGUCUCAUCAGUAUACUGACGAAUCAACGAUCUUUCAACAACAGAUGUCGCAGGACGUUCCCGGAUACCAAUCCGAAAUACCACAGAGGAUCUCGCAUCAAAGUCAAAUUAAAUUUCAUCACCAAGAAGUACCUCAUCAACAAAUGAUCCCUGAUUCUCAAAUAACGCCGUCAAACUUUUCGCAAUAUUUGCAUCAACAAGGUCAAAUGCAUCAACAUCCAGUACAACAUGUAAUUUCUAAAGAUAUAACAGAUCAUGGAACACGGCAUCAAUUAGCAUCUCCACACAUAACAUCAAUUCAGUACAUCAAUC